ACACACACACACAUACACACGCACAGGCACAUUCGCGCGUCUCGGAGCCCCUCGUUGCCCCUUCGCCGACCCACUGUCCCCCCUGCCAGCCACUACGCGGCACAUGCACACUGUCCGGGAAGCCUCCCACCUGGCUAUGCUGCCUCCAUCCAGAUCGAACCCCCGCAGCUGCCCCAUCGACCCGCCACCCAACCACAAAGUGCCCUCGCGCCCUGCCGCCUCCACUGCCGCGACUCCGCCCCAACCAUAGCCCUUUCAAGAGACCGAGAGAAAAGGAACGAAAGACCGAGCAGGUGAAUGAGUGAAGUAUGAGCCCUGUCCGGCACAUGAAAAAAGGCAAGAAGUCCGCGGCUCGACGGGGCCAUGCGCACUCGUCGUCCCGUUCCCCCUCAGCCAGCCCCAGCCCCAGCUCCAGUCCCCCGCCAGAGGGAGACUCCAGCGACGACACCGGCCAUUCGACCGGGCACCAGAAAAUCGUCGUCGCCCUGGCGAACCUCUUUUGCGAGAACUUCUCGAUGGCGCAAAUACGCGCCACGCUGGCCGACAUCGCCCAGGAGACCAUGGUAUCCGAUGGCGACCUGUUGCUUGACAUGUGUACCGAGCGCCUGCACGCCGAAUUGGCCCGCGCACAGUCCAGCACCAUCAGGCCCGCGCCCGAGACAUUCGGCCCCCGAUCGGCUGACAGCAGCAGCCUUUCCGACGAGCAAUUCAUGCAGGCAAUGAUCGACCAAUUGGAGUCCAACGACUUCCGAGACAUGCAGCUGGACAUGGACCCCGAUCUCUUGGCGCUCCUUGAGGAGCAGUGCCUGGCCCAGGCAUCCGAUGAGGCCCUUGCCCGGGAGCUGCAGGCCGAGGAGGAUGAGCGCGCCCGCCUGCAGGAGGAGGCGUAUGAACAGGAUUUCCGCCUGGCUAUGACUCUUCACGGCCAGGAGAAUUUCACGCACCGACUGGAGCCUACGCGCGCGGGGGCCUCCUCCUCCAACCCGCGGGCGGCUGAUAGUCCAGCCAAAGCGGCCGCUCGGACGGCCAUGCGCAAGCGAGUCCGCGCCCUGCGAUCUGUCUAUCGACAGCACGGCGUGCCGGAUGAAGGGUUCGAUGCCAUUUGGACGCAUAUCGCCAAGCUUCCCCAGUUGUCGGACACCGCACGCCUUAAUCGGCUGCAGCAGUCUCUCGAGCGUGUGGUUCGCCUGCAGGCAGCCGGCGGAGGGAGCCUCGUUGAUGGCUCCCGGUCAUGGGCUGAUGUGGCCACCGAGAGCGCGAGCAGCCCGACUCCCGCGUCAUCGGCUCCCCCUUCGCGGUCCCCCUCGCCGCCCCCGGCGUCGGCCGCGGUUUGCUCCCCGUCAUGUCCGCCUUUGUUCUCUUCGGCGACCAUGCCGGCUGGCGCCCCCUGGCCGGAUGGCGACUUGGAGGAGCUCCACUCCCGCGGGUACCGGAUUAAUGGCAACCAGGCGAACUUCUUCUCCACCACGCUCCCCCCUUUGCGGCGUUUCUACUUCCGAGUGGAGCACAUUCGCAGUGCAGUGCAGAUGCAGGGGAACGGCUCGCUGCCGAGCAACAUUCCGGCCCUGAUCUUCCUGCUGAAGCUGGCCCAGUCUACGCGCCAGCAGACGUCCAGCGCCCUUCCCGCGCUUUCCGCCGACUACCGGCUGUACUUCGAGCAUUACGAGGAGCUACGUGACUGGGUGGUGGAAUUGCGCCUCCAGCACAUUUUGGCCACAUGUCAGCGGCUUGCUCCCGGGGCCAUGGCGAAGAUUGAUCUCCAUGGUCUGGAUCGCAUAGCCGCCAUGGAUAUCCUUCGGCAGGUCAUCAGUCGGGCGCCGACCUCGCGUAUCGAGGUGGUCACUGGCCGUGGAUCUCACAGUGUCGGAAAUGUUCCAGUCAUCAAGACUGCUGUCAUCUCGUAUCUGAAGCAAGCCGGGAUCCGUCACUCUCUACGCAAUGACGGCUCUGUUAUGGUGAACCUGGCUUGAAAGCCGUCCUUCACAUUGAAUACACCAUUCUCCUUC